AUUGACAUCAUCAGUAUUGGGUUUAAGGGCCUGAGGCUUGACAACGUUUGCCUCUCAGAUUGUGUAGCGUCAGAUACGUGUCACGUCUUAAAAACGUCAGUGGCUUUAGAAAGGCAAUGGGAUGGACAAACAGCUAUUCGAUUCUCUUCAAACUGCUUGAACUGGGUUUAGUAUUAGGGGUUCAUCUUAGCGAUUCAUCGUCGAGACUGGAGGCUGAUGAAGUUGAUAAAGUCUUACUUAGGCACCAGUUGAAAGCUUACUGGAUGUGUCGUUUGAAUGUCACACAAUAUGCUAAAGGAAACGACAGCUGUCCGCCAGAGUUUGAUGGUUGGGGAUGUUGGGAAGCGACACCUGCUGGUCAAGUUGCAAAGAUAGAAUGUCCCAGUUUUGGAUCAUUAGCAGAAGACAAAAAUUUCGUCACAAGAACAUGCCAUACUGGAGGAAAGUGGGCUAUAAGUGGGAUAGAUGGCGAAGAAGACGGGGAAUAUUUACGAUGUCAGCUGAAGAAAAUAUCCGCAAAUCAUAAAAAGAUAUUAGAAAACCUUUUGCAUGAGAUGGAUGACAUCAAAACUUCACCAUAUGCGAUGUCUGAAUCUGCUCAGGAGUUUGAAAGAUGUAUUAAUGAUGUACUAUCCAGUCCUGGACCUACAGAUAAACUCUACUGUCCAGGAACAUUUGAUGGUUGGAGCUGUUGGAAUGCUACUUCUGCUGGUGAUGUUGUAUACGUACCUUGUCCUGUUUUUGUAACAGGAUUUCAUCCAGGACGGUAUGCUCAUAAAGUGUGUGAAGAAGACGGGAGUUGGUUCCUUCACCCUGAAACCAACAAAACAUGGUCCAAUUACACCACCUGUAUUGAUAAAGAUGACUUGAGUUUCCGUGAUAAGAUCAAUAAAAUUUACAUUGCUGGAUACUCCAUAUCUGUUAUUGCUCUGAGCGUUUCCCUGGUCAUAUUCUUCUAUUUCAGAUCUAUGAAAUGCACCCGAAUUACUAUCCACAAAAACCUUUUUGUAUCUUUUAUCAUCAACAACAUUCUGUGGAUAGUGUGGUACACGGAGGUCAUCAAAUAUCCAGAAGUCUUAUUCAGCAAUAAGACAGCUUGUCAGGUUCUCCACGUCUUAGUUCAUUACUUUCUACUGAGUAAUUACAUGUGGAUGUUCUGUGAGGGCCUCUACCUACAUACUCUACUAGUGAUUGCAUUUGUGGCUGAAGACAAAAUAAUGAAGUGGUUUUAUAUUCUUGGUUGGGGUUCUCCAAUCGUUGUGAUAACUUGCUAUGCUGGUGUCAGAAGCUCGUAUCCAGAGGACACCGUCUUUUGUUGGAUUGAAGAGAGCCGCUUCACGUGGAUUCUUUCUGGACCAGUGUGCAUAUUCAUGUUGCUCAACUUUAUUUUCCUCAUUAACAUCGUUCGAGUGCUGGUAACCAAACUACGAGCAGUGAAUUCCCCAGAUACUCACCAGACAAGAAAAGCAGUGCGAGCCACGUUGAUUUUGAUUCCUCUGUUGGGUCUGCAUUACAUCAUUACCCCGUUCCGUCCGGAGCCGGGAUCACCUGAAGAAGCAGUGUAUGAACCAAUCUCAGCUGCAGUAGCUUCGUUUCAGGGCCUGUGUGUUUCUCUGUUGUUUUGCUUCUUCAAUGGCGAGGUGAUCGCUCUAAUUAAGAAGAAAUGGCAGCAAACUUUUACGACCUGGGGAAAUGACACAAACAGAAAUUACGCUGUAACAACAAUGUCAACCAUGCCAACCACACCGUCUCAUCACGACCGAGAAGAUACUACUGCAGUUUAACAGAGCUAGAAAACACAAGCAGGUGGCAUCAAAAAUGGGUUUAGUAGAACCUUGAAGAAGAAGAAUUGGGAGACGUUUAUCUUUGUAGUCAAAGAAACAGGUUAAAUGCUAUUACCUGAAGAACAAGGGAAUUCUCAGAGGGGAAACAUGAAACCUUCCUUUUUGUUUCCGACAGAACAAAAUAGUUAUAAAAAUUGCACCAGAAUAUAUCUGUUUGUUUUGGUGUGUUUUAAGACAACACUAAUUGUUAUAAAUGCGUGUUGAAGAAUGAGCAGUUUUUAUUUAUUUAUGUUGUAAUAAAGAGUCAAGGGCUGUGCUGCUUGAUUGUUCCUGAAAACAAAAUAUUACAUACACACAGAAAAAAAAGAAAGAGAAUCUUAUUUAAUGUAUACCAAUAUUUUUCUUAUUCUUUGGUAACUAAAAUAACAUUCAUAUGUGCAUGUUUUCCUUUGUAUUUAAUAAGCUCUGACAUUUGUGGCUUUGUCAGUAAUAAGCUUAUCGGGAAAUAUCAUUGAUACUUUCGAUUAAGCUUUGUAGUCCAUAAUCAAUUAGUUAUCGUUCACUUACUGUGUCAUAAAUAUUUGCAUCUCCUGUACUAGAUGAACACAUUCUAAAAAUUAAAAGUUGAUCGAAGCAAACACGAGAAAAAUAUAGCAGGAAUAAAUAAACAGAAGUAACUGAUACUGGUCUCGUUGCUGGAUUAAAACACGUUGUAAUACGUAUUCUAAGGCAGGAAACAUAGUGUUUUGAUACAAAACCUUUGUUUUCUUCAUGAAAUUCUCCUUGACUUGGAAGUAUUAUAUAUGAUUUCCAAGUCCUGAAACUAUUGUAAUAAUAGCUUAAAAUUCUAGAUCAAACCUUGAAAAUAAUUUAAUGUCUUUAGAACUUUCAGUAACUAUAGAAUUCCAAAAACUAUUAUAAGAAAAACGUAAAUCUUCGUGUAACAUAAGCUAUAAUUUUUAAAUUGUGUUCGUAAUUUAAUAAUAUGAAUCCGAAGACAAUAUAUACCAACAUCGUCUGGAAGUUGAGAAAUGUAAAUGGUUUUACAAGUUUCGCUCUUUUAGUCAGGAUUUACAAUGCUCAAAAUCGCAAAGACCCAUAGAUGACAUGAUGCUGACAAAUAUUGAAUUAUUCUUAACAUUAGAUCAAAAAAUAUGAUAUAUAUUUACCAUAAUCUCAUCUAAAACCUCAAACACUUUAGUUUUGUUCCCCAUCUGAAUGUAUCAUGUUUUAUUAUUUUAGUAACUUUAAUUCAAAAGCUUCGAUGUAUGUGCAAGAAGCAUUAUAAACAUCUAAUUAUAGGCGAUUAAUGAUAUAGUUUAAAUGGACCAGUAACACACGAUGUGUUUGUUUCGGGUAAUGACAGUUUCACUUUCAUAAGAUGAUAGUUUGUGAAGGGAUUUAUGUUACUAGAGUUAAAAAAGGAACAGGCAAAUUUACAUCUGUUGGUUUACUGGUUAUCACAUCAGUUUAAAGUUAUAUUAGUGUUUUAUUUCUUAUGUAAUCGAUAACAACUAAACAUCAUACGAAAUAAGUUAUUGGCCUGAUAAACAGUUAAAUAUCAAUUUUAUGAUACACAAAGAACAUAAAUUUAACAAAAGUGUUUUCCAAAACGGGUUCUUUUCGUUACAUUGGCAAAUUUGGUUGUCAGCAAACAUUUUUAGAAAAGUAAAAAGUGGUCAAAGAGACCAUUACAUUGGCAUCAGAAAUAACCACAUUAAUUUUUAGUUUUAACAUUUGAGAAAAGUAGAUUUUAAGUAUCGUAUUAUCAAUACAAAUUUUGUUCAAAUGAAAUUCGAUUUUUGAAAUUUGUAAAAAAAAAUCCCCCGGAUGAAGUUUUGUUCUCAUAUUCAUAAUAAUAAUUUAGGAAAGAGAUUUUAGUUAUCCCAUUGGCAUCAUUAUUUAUUCAGUAAAAUUUAUUUCUAUCUUAGUAACACUAGUUAGUUUGAUUAUCACAUUACCCUUAAGAAGCUUAUGAUGAAAAAGUUUUACUCAUCAAUCGGAGAUAAAGUGUAAGAAAAUUUAAUUAUAUCAUGAAAAUCAACGAUUACGUAAAAGACAUUUUUGGUUAUUAUGUUGAUAACUGUGACUAAACAAGGAUAUUUUAGUUUUAUCGUAGAAAAUAGCAAUUGUACUGCAUGCUGAGUUUGAAUACAAGUCAUCUAAAUGUUAUGGUGUAUAUUUUAGCUAUCGUUUUUGUAGUUUGCAAUUCAAAGGAUGUUUUAAGCAUUCACAAAAAACGCGUGUAGUUCACAUUUACAUUAGUAGUAUUUUGUGUUCUUGUUUAAAAUAUAUGUUAAAAUAAUGCUAUAUGCAUAUAUAUAUAUACUUGUUCACCAUUGCAUGUGAAAUAUGACCAUUUUCUCUAUAAACAGCUUCGUUGUUUGAAUUUUAUGGCCUGUCUCAAGAACAACCGUUUCACUUACUAAUAUUAUAUAUGAAUGUUUGUUUAUAUGUAUAUCCAAAUUCUCGUGUAUCUGAAUUUUAAGUGUUGUAUCAGGUUCAAUGAAUGUAUUAAUAAACACCAGUGGCAAACACCAAA